AUGAAUCAACCUUCUUCUGUGCAUACCAGUACAACCUUUGAUGGUGAUACUGGAUACAGACAGAAGCUGAUUCAAGGAGAUACUCAAUUUGUUGAUCGUUUAUUCCCAUUGUUCACCAGUAUUUUUCAGAAAUGCAAAGUAUCCAUAUGGUUUACAUAUCUUACAAUAGGCUUUUGGGGUUUACAAACUUUGUUUAUAUCUACAUGGCCAAUGAGCAGAUAUUGGCUAGAGUCAAAUUCAUCUGCCGGAUUUUCAAAAAUAUAUCGAUAUUUGAACCUAAUUUUUUUAUUUGUUGAUACAAAAGAUUAUGCGAAAGGUUUAUAUGCCAAAGAGCUAGUCUUUAUUAUUCUAAAUGCAAUAUCAUUUGUAUUAGUUCUUACUCAACUUUUAUAUUACAAUGUGCAUCGCCGAUUCAUUAAUUUAUUGCUUGGCCCAAUACAACUAUUCGAUAGCAUUACUCUAAUUGGAAUAAUUCCUUCAUCAUUUGCAUUUGGAAAAUUAUUCCUCAAAGGGAUCACUUCGGAACUAGAAGUAUUAGAAGUCUUUGCUAUUGUAUUUGCUGUUAUCAAUGUUAUUUAUGAAAUUGUUUAUCAUAUGAUGUCACUCAAAUUAUUUUCAAGGACAGUUGCACUUCAGAACACUCCAGCCAUGUCCUUUGACCCAACCAUUUCGAUUUACAUCAUGAAUACCAGUGCACUUCAUGCAAUUGUUGCAUUUAUUAUAUCAUAUUUUUCAGAUUGGGCUUAUUUGAUAAUCCUAAUAGUCCAAAUUGUCGCUUAUGCAUACUACUUCUCAUAUUCGCUCAAUAUGGUCUAUCUUGUCAUUGCUUCCAACUGUGUUGUUAGUGCAUUAAUGAUUGCGUGCAUAAUUGAAGACAUUUACAUGAUAAUUGCAUAUGCAUCACCUAAGAUGCCGCAUGGAGUUCCCAUUCUCUUUGGUAUUAUUUCAUUUAAUGUGUUUGUUUGCGUAAUGUUUAUCGUUUUCAAACUGAAAAGAAAGAAAAUUUCAAAACUUUUGAAAGAAUACGAUCAUGAACAGUUUGAAGACAUCAAUUCUUACUAUGAUUCAUUGGGAAUCUUGAAGAAUGACAAGAGAACAACAAUGUUCUUGAGUGUUGGCUUUGCAGAAGCUUGUCCUUUAUUCACAGAUUUAAGUUUGUUUGAAUAUUUACUCUUAAGGGAGCCAUCCGACCAAAUACUGAUAAUUAUGAUACAAAUCAUUAAUUUCUUUCCAGGAGAAUCCAGAUUAUUAAGUAGGAUGACAAUGAUGCUUAUGGCUAAAAGGUCAUUAACAUUUGAACAAAGAUUCUUAAUUUAUCAAGUCUACAAAGUUAAAACAUUAAGACAAUUUUCGAGUUCAUCUGAUUCUCAAAUUAAAUUAAAUGAACUUAAAAAUAUGUCAAGAACAAUAGAAACAAUAACAAGAUCUAGUUUGGAUAAUACUAACUUGAAAUCAAGUUUCUUUGAAGCUCUUUCCAUCAAAGCGAAAAGAGCUCACGCAAUUUGGAGAGAAGCAAUGGUUGAUUAUCCAAAUAAUCCAAAAUUUUGUAAUGAAUAUUGUAGAUAUUUGGUUGAAGCUGAAUCGAAUUUCCCUGAAUCCCUUGAAAUCAAAAAUAGAGAGAAUAUGAUUGAAAUGGGUAAAAAUUACUCAUUUGAUUUUUCUUUCGUUUCAAUGGUCAGAGUUUUUCCUGUUUAUCUCAAGAAAGAAAUUCUCGAUUUAAAGGGAAAUAUAAAAGUUAAAGCUUCAAACAAUAGAGCUUCAUCGUCAUCAGAGAAUAGUUCAAAUAACUCUGGUUCUCAAGGAAGUGGAACUUUUAAUUCAAAUGAUAUCGAUGAUGAAGUUUUGAAUUCUCUUGGAAAAGCAACUUUAUCACAUUAUAAACCGAGAUUAGCUUUACAUCAUGCAUUAGAAAACAAACUUCCUAAGCCAAUAACAUGUUUAAUUCAUGCUUUGUUAAUUGUUGUUGUUAUUGUUAUUUUCUUCUUGUUGUUUUUGUUCUUUUUCAACGAAGUCAAACUCAAAGAUCAAACAGGAUCAAUGGCAAUGUUGGAUGCAAUGUCGAAAGCAAGAUUUUACAUCGCUAUUAAUGAUAUGGAAAUUUUACUGAGAUAUUUCGUUGACAGAGGAAAUUAUAGUUAUUACAAGCCGGCAAUUGAUAGUUUGAAUGAUAAUUGUGAUGUUAAUGAAACAAUGGUUAAUACUUCUAAUGAUUAUUUGCUUCAAUCAGCUCCUAACUUGAAAAACGCUAUGAUUUAUUUCGAAGAUUUAAUUGAAGAAAUAACAAUUUUGGCAAUAACAAAAGGAAAUGUUUCUUCUGUUGCUGGAUCAUUAAUGAUGGAAGUUCAUCCUAUUUAUACUUGUGCGGAUAAUGGUUAUCCUAUUUAUAUUGUUAAUGAUAGUAUUUCUACAAUGAUUUCUAUAUUUUUCGUUGAACAAGCUUAUAUUUUAACAAAAAUCCAUGAAACUAUUGGAAAUCUUUUGUCAACGAAACAAUUUUGCGAAAUGAUUUCUAAUUUGAGAUAUUUUUAUUGGCUUGCUCCUCAAGUUUUCACUGAUUUCUGCGAUUUCCAAAUCAAAGAAGGUGAUUUACUAGCCAAAAAGUUUAAGAUCAUUAUGAUAACUGUUCCUCUUUGUACUGCUUUAGUUUUAUUUGUGCCAAUCAUUGUUUUAUAUAUUGGAAUUAUUAGAUCACUUAAAAAAGUGACAGAAAUAUUGAAUUCAUUUGAUCCAAAAGUGAGACAAGAUGCGAAAGAAUUAAUGUCUGUUAAUAUAGAUAAUGAUGAUAUCAAGUUCAGUGAUAUUAAUCCAAGUUCGAACAGAAGUUCUCUUUAUAUAUUUUAG